AUGGUCAUUGACAGCGAAAUCACAGCGUCAUUUGGGAAUAUCUCAACUUCCAAAAGUGCAGUCUACACUUUUACACCAGCGGGAUUUACAACAAAACUUGCACUGGUUUUACCGAUGCUAGUUGUUGGUGUGGUGGGGUUUAUAGGAAAUGUCUUAAUCGUCUCCUUUGUGUCCUGGAAAGAAAAAACACUAAGCCGCAUCGAAAGUAGCCGCUUUGUAAAAACGUUUAAUUUGUUUGUGAGAAGCUUAGCUAUUUCUGACAUCCUUUCCACUUCAGUGUCACUGCCACUCACCUGCAUCCAGAUUUGCUUCGAUGUUUUUCAGACUGACUGGACAUGUAAGGCAGUUCGCUUUGUCAAUAUUGUAUUCCCCAUUAUUACUAUUCACAAUCUAAUGGUGAUAAGCAUCGAGAAAUAUGUUUCAUUGAGGCGAGUGCCUCGGCCCUUAAGUUCAUCAACUGUUCGCAGAUCAAUUUUCCUGGCCUGGUUUCUUGGGUGUAUAAAUACUCUCAGUGCCGCUGCAACUUUUAGGGGAAUAAGGUAUGACCUGAAUGAAACGCACUUCACAGUCAUUUGUAAGUAUGAUAAAGCAUAUUUUCCAUUUCGACUCCUUUUUCUUUCGUUCACUGCAAUCGAGUAUAUUUUUCCCUGCAUAUUUCUCAUGAUCAUAAAUAUCUCGUUAAUUAAAACUGUUUGGGUAACAGUUAAAACCAGGGUUUCCGUUGACUUAAAUUACCCAAUGAGGAGUAAAAUGCGAGCUGCAAAAAUCCGGGGAACCCUUCUUCUUAUUGUAAUUACGUUUGCUUUCAUUAUUCCCUACUUUUUCUACUUUGGCUACGUGGCAUAUAACAUGAUCGCCAAACCAGAUAUAACCUUCCAAACCGAUUACAUAAUUCGCUACGGAAGCGGCGUGAUUGCCUUUGCAAACAGCGCAAUUAAUUUUUUAAUUUACGUUGUACAAAUGAGGGAUUUCAAAGUGUUCUUUCAAAAA